AUGUCACCACCAGCCUCUUCGAAGCCUCUCACCACCAAAACGUUUGAUGGCCUUCAAGGAGAUUUUUGCAAGGAUGAAAUUCUGGUCAGGCUCAUUCACUUUUGGGAGGCUCGCAAUUUCAGACAAGGGAAUGCACUGAUGGGUGUAGAACUAGUCCUCAUUGACACAAAUGCAACAAGAAUUCAAGGAUUCAUAUCCGCCAAUCGGCUAUUCCGCUACAAAGACAAACUCAAGCGUAACUCAAUUUACAAACUCAGCAAGUUUGUGUCCAACCCUUCCAAGAAACUCUACAGGGUGGCAUCGCACAAGUACAGCAUCAGCUUCACCGACCAAACACUUUUUGUGGAGGAAAAUGCAGAAAACUCUGAAAGACAUACCCAGCAGUUUAGGUUACGCCAUUUUGAAGAUUUGGCCUCAAUGGUGGAUAAACACACAGACCUCUAG